UUUUUGUUGGAAAAUAUGACUUUAAUUUGCUACAAUUUCACACUGCAGUUUAUAACUACGUGUGUGAUUACAACGUUAAUCUUUUUAGCGCGAGGCUGAACAUUUUUCUCUCCUUCUCUCUGUCAACAAAACUUUUAUUUUGAAAGUUCUUAUCUUCUUCUACGCGGGUGUUUAAAACCGCGGAGGGAAAAUCUCUACGGUGGUGUUUACCGACGCCUGUAUGUAGUUAGAUACGAUACUACCAGCGUCUCUAGUGUGUCUAUUUUACUAAACUUCACUGUGAAACGUUAUUGAAACUGUGGCGGGAUGAAAACAUCAGAUUCAGACGGAGAUGAAAAGUGUCAACAUCCGCUGGUUUUCUUUGACCUGGAGACAACUGGACUGUGCCAGAGUUGUGAUAUCGUCCAGCUGGCUGCAGUGAGCGGAGGCCACUCUCUCAACCUCUACGUCGUCCCUCGGUGUCGAAUGCAGCGUGGAGCCUCCAAAGUGACCGGCUUCAGGGUCCACAGACGGAGGCUGUACCUCCAUCGCCAACUUGUCCCCACCAACUCCCUGCGGGAGGUCCUGGUCUCCUUCGUAGCGUUCCUCCAGAUGCUCGGGCGCCCUCUUGUCCUCGGCCACAACAUCCGCCGCUUCGACUGUCCGCUGCUGGCCCGAGCUCUCGAUGAACUGGACCUCAGAGCGGAGUUCGAGUCGGCGGUCUCCGGCUGUGUCGACACUCUUCCGCUGGCUCGGGAGCUGCUGAAGGACCGCAGCCUCCAGAGCUUUCGACAGACAAACCUGGUCAGGGAGCUGCUGGGCGUGGACUACAAGGCCCAUGAUGCUCUGGAGGAUGUGCGGGCGUUACAGGCGCUGUAUAGUGCGCUUCAGCCCAAGGCAGAGGUGAUCUGCAGGCAUGGGUUUACUCUGGACACCAUGGAGAACAAACCUGCUGUCUCGAGUGUUAAAAAUAAAGGGCCCUGUGGGAGAACAGACAGACUGUUAAGGUCUCAGACGGCAAAGAAGAGAAGGCCACAAGGUAGAACAGAUGAACCCCACUGGGUGGCUCGAUGGCACAGAACGAGAGGGCUGCUGUUCUUCGUGUGCAGCGGAAGCUGUCAGAGCUUUUGAAAGGUGAUGGAGGUGUACAGAGACGAUGCAUGCACAUCUGGAUGAUGCAUGCACAUCUGGAAGUCAUGGUUGUUUGAUAAGUCUUCACUAUUUAUUUCUGGAACAACAGACGUCAGUUUGUGUGAUUUAUAAAUAGAGAAAAUGAAGAUGUCGCUGGGCAGAUGUUUCUCUUCCUCUCAUCAACGUGAGAAAAUAGUGAUGACUGUUUGAAAUUGUGCCUUGUGUAUAUAGUUUGGUUACUGAGGACAUGUUAUGCACUUUUAUCCUGAGUUUACUAAAGGUUUCAAUAAGAUCCACAGAAUAUUUUUAUUGGAGGUAAAUAAAUGUAUUGUAUUUCUACAGUGUGUCCCACAUUAUAUACUUCAUUGCUGGUUAGUGCUUCAUAAAUACUUGGAAUAUUUAAUCAAUCAAGAACA